GGCCAGGAUCUUCUUGUUGAUCAACUACGUCGGCGUAGUUACAGCUUAACCGACUUAAGCGGUCCUGAUCCCUUGCGAACCAGAAGACUUCCAGUAAUGUCUGGAGGGGAUGUUGAAGACCUCGGGCCAUUCACUGAUUUAACUGGUAAAAAAAAUACUUUGACUAACUUCAUGCUCUGUCUGUUUUUCCCUAUUGAUCGUUCGAAGCAAACAUAUUUUUUACGAAAACUAUUUCUUGAACCAUCUGUCUUGGUUUCAGCUUUCUCCAAAAUUACGUUUGCCUACUUAAUUUCUCCACAUCAAGAUGUGAGGGUAUGCUUAUCCACUAGAUACUGA